AUGUUUGUUUACGGAUUAUCUUCUUCAUUGCCGCUUUUGGCUUUUGGAUACCUUGGACCAAUUAUUCGGAAAAAAUGCCCGGAAGGCUUCGUUUUGACGGAAUGGACAAGGCAGAGAUAUGGGGUCGCUGCUGCGAUGUAUCUGAGCCUUCUCACACUUAUUACGCUCUUCCUCUACAUGGUGGCCGAACUGUCCGCCUUGCAGCAGAUUGUCAAUGCGCUUACGGGACUGAAUGGGCUGCCAGCAGUGAUCGUGCAAGUUGUAGUAACUACCAUUUACACGUCCCUGGGUGGUUUCAAAGUCUCAUUCAUGACGGACAAUAUCCAAGGGGCAAUGGUCGUCGGCCUUAUCAUUAUUGGAGUCAUUACAGUUGGGACGAAGACUCAAAUCAACCGCUCUCUCAUCGACUCAUCCGGGCUCUUGGAGCCCUCGUUACUCGGCUGGCAACUUAUUUAUAUUCUCCCAGUCGCAAUUUUGACCAACGACUUCUUUCUCUCCAAUUUUUGGCUCCGCACCUUCGCUUCAAAGACAGAUCGAGAUCUACGCAUUGGCGUCUCUAUCGCAAGUUUCACCGUCCUGUGUAUUCUGGUUCUUGUUGGAAGCACUGGUCUUCUGGCAGCCUGGUCUGGCGCAUGGCCCGGAGACCCGCCGCAGUCCGGUUCCAUUGCGUUCUUCCUUCUCCUGGAGAAGCUACCUGGCUGGGUCGUCGGAAUUGUUUUGGUCAUGACUGUUGCGCUAAGCACAGCUGCUUUCGACAGCCUUCAGUCUGCCAUGGUCAGCACAGCCAGUAAUGACUUAUUUCGCAACAAACUAUCCCUGAUCUACAUCCGGAUCGGUGUGGUUCUGUGCAUAGUCCCUGUGGUGGUGGUCGCUCUGAAAUCACCCAGUGUACUGCAAAUUUUCUUGAUUUCGGAUCUUGUCUCUGCAUCUGCGAUCCCAGUCUUAGUCAUCAGUCUUUGGGAUAAGUGUUAUUUCUGGAAGGGCUCCGAAGUCAUUGCUGGAGGUCUGGGAGGCAUUCUUUCUAUCUUCAUCUUCGGAACCAUAUACUAUGGAAGUGCCUACGAAGGUGGCCGUUUGAUCUUGUUGGAAAACGGCCUGUAUGCGGACGAUUGGAGCGUUUUUGGUGCCUUCGUCGCUGCGCCCGUUGGAGGCUUUAUCUUUGCCCUCAUUGCAUUCGCAUUGCGUAUAGCAUACCAGUUCGUCGUCUCUAAAGUCCGGGGCGAACACUUUGAUGCGUUCGAUAAACCGAUCAAGCCAGUGCGAACGACGAGCCAAGUCGAUGACCCCAUUCGCCCUGUGGGUAAUGCCCGGGACGAAGAGGAUGGUAAACAAAAUGAUAGCCCCGCUGUUGAGGCUGAUAGAGGAGAUGAUAAAUGGUGGAAGUUGUGGUAG